AUGUAUAAAUCAUGUAUCUUGUUUACUUUCCUGCCAGUCAUUGUAGGUAACAACAUUAGCAUAUCAUGUGGUCAAAGACGAAGUGAGGAUGUACCUGCAGCUCUUCGAAGGUCUUUUCCAACCCUUGCAUCAAAAAGUUCAUCCAAGUCGGUCAAAAAACCACCAGGAAAAAAGGCAAGGAAAUGCAAUAUUGUGCACAAAGAUCUCAUCCUACUCCCUACCUCUACCACUCGUACAGUACCAACACAUCAAACAAGAUGUCAACUUGAAAAUGAUGGGUUUGUCAUCCAUGGUUGUCCCAUUGACAAGUCUUGGGAAGAGUCAGACCUAAGAAAUCAAACAAAAGAAUGGUUCCCCAUUCUGCUGCCCCCAAUACGAGGUGCACUGGAAGGACUGAUUUGGUAUCCGUUUCCACCAUACUCACGCCUUGUAGGUGUUGGAACCGACUAA